CCUUGCGACUUUCGGGUUCGACCGCGGUCUCGAUGUCCGCAACCGUGACCAUGCUUAGCCGUCGUCUGAUACAUCGCGCCUCUCAGCUGAAGGUGCUAAGUCGCUUUUCUUCUUCUUCCGCAAACCCUGUAACACCUAUACCCCCUUCUCCAUCACCCGUCGCGAACCAAGCACCCAAUUAUCCAACGACAUGGACAACUAGCCAGAGACCUCGCGCGGUCGCCCAGUCAGGUCCACGUUUUGAGCAGACCGUUCUCGAACUCCAGCCCAAUCCAUUGAGCGCAAUGGAGAUGAUUAACAAUGAGCCUAUCCGUGUUGUGCAUGGGCGGAAAGCUGUUUGUGAUGGUGGAGGAGGACCUCUUGGUCAUCCCAAGAUAUUCAUCAACCUGGACAAACCUGGUGCUCGGCCAUGCGGCUACUGCGGCCUCCGCUUUGAACAAGCUCCACAUGACCACUAAGUAGAACGCUCAGGAUGUUAAGCUAUAUAAUUAGCACGGGCUGUCCACCAGCGUCUGGCAUAUGACUAGAUUAAAUAUUUUCAUCCCGUGUU